AUGGCUGACCCCUUCUAUGAGAGACUCAGUCUCCUGAUACUCGGCUUGCUGAUCCGCUUGCCGUUUGUUGCUUCUUCUGCGAGCCAGGUCGACUAUUCUCAUUAUGUGAACGUGUUCAUGGGUUCUGAGGGCCCUUUCCCCGGUCAAAGCUACGGAGGUGGAGACAUUUUCAUCGGCGGUGCUCGCCCCUUUGGAGUGACCAAAGUCGGAAUCGACACGACGGCAGCCAACUGGAGCACUGCGGUGCUUAACGGAGGGUGGACUCCAGAUGGUAAUGUUACGGCUAUCACUAUGAUGCACGAAAGUGGCACUGGAGGAGCUCCCAAGUACGGAAUCAUCCCCCAAAUGCCCUUGACCAAUGUUGCCUCUCCGGUAAACAUACUAGACAAUACUACGUAUAGUCAGCCAAGGAUCGGCAACGAUACAGGCAGUGUCGGAUACUUUAGAACGCAGCUCCAGAAUGGGGUUGGAGUAGAACUAUCGGCGUCUCGACACGCUGCAAUUGUUCAAUACAACUUCCCUAAAGGCGAGAAGCAUGUUCUGGUUGAUCUGUCCCAUUACCUACCAGGCUCACCACAAGAUCCCAAUAGUCAAUUCUACACUGGCGGGGAAAUUCAGCUUGAGGAGAAUGGUCGAAAAUAUUCGGGACAUGGGACCUACGGUGGCGGUUGGAAUAACGGCGCACCUUUCACGGUUUAUUUCUACGGCGAAUUCUCGAAAACUCCUCAUGAAGCGCGCCAGUUUACUGGAAAGAAUACAGAUUCCGGCAAUGAUGACACAAGCUACCCAACAUGGGUCGACCAGUCCGAUAAAGCGACAUCGGGUCCUAUGAAUGAUAGGGUUGGAGCGCUCUUCAGUUGGGAAGACGACAAUGCUUCUCAAAUAAGCUAUAGAAUCGGUAUCUCUUUUAUGUCCAUCGAGAAAGCUCGUUCAUAUGUUGCUGAUGAGAUUCCUUCAUGGAAGCUCAAAGAUACGAUCACGUCUGCUGUGCAGGAAUGGAACGAGGACGUGUUCAGCAAAAUCCAAGUGCCCCUUGACGAAACAGCCAAUGUCACACAUGUUCGGCUACUGUAUAGUUCGCUCUAUUUCAUACAUUUGAUGCCGUCUGACAGAACCGGCGAAAACCCUCUCUGGGUGUCGGACGAGCCGUACUGGGAUGACUUCUAUACUCUUUUCAGUUUCUAUCACAUCUUACAGCCUGUAUACUACGAGUCUAUGAUUCGAGGAUUGAUCGACAUCUGGAGGCAUGAAGAAUUCCUGCCAGAUGGGCGCUCCGGAAACUGGAACGGACUGGUUCAAGGAGGCUCUGAUGCCGAUAAUAUGUUAGCAGACGCUUAUGUGAAGGGACUGCGUGGGGCAAUCAAUUGGACAGAUGGCUACGCAGCCAUGAAGACCGAUGCAGAAGUAGUCCCAGAAAAUACUUUCGACGCGACCGACACUUCAGCAAGUACGAAAGAAGGCCGAGGGGCUCUCAAAGACUGGCUGGAGCUAGGAUAUGUGUCCCAGGACCGAAGCACUCGUUGCAUUUCGAGAACUGCCGAAUAUAGUCUAAAUGAUUUCGCUCUCAGCCAGGUUGCGGCGGGUGAAGCACCCAGCGAUCAGGCAAAGUAUCUCCGUCGGUCUGCGGGAUGGCAAAAGAUAUGGAACUCUGAUGUUGAGAGCUUGGGCUUUACUGGCUUUCUAGCACCGCGGUUUUCCAACGGCACGUUCAAUAACAGUGGAUAUGACCCACGAUUGUGUUAUGAGUGCGGAUGGCAUUCUUAUACUUACGAAGGUGUACCAUGGGAGUAUUCUUUUGUCGCCCCUCAUGAUAUGGAAUCGCUCAUUGAUCGUAUGGGUGGCCCCGAUACCUUUGAGUCCCGGCUUGAUAUGAUGGUCAGACGUCACUCCCACAGUGACUACAGUUCUUGCUUACAUCUCACAUAG